UGCAGUGCCAGAGCCCGGCCCCCUUUCUGGGGUGGGCUAUGGUGGGGAGCGGGGCUGCAGGGUGGGUGUGAUGGAGCUAAAUCCUGCACGCAGAGGGGAGCAGCACAAUUCCAGCCCCAGUUCCCGGCAGCCCAGCGGCCUUGAGUAGGAAAAAGGUGUUUCCUGUGCAUCUGCUGACACAAAGCUCCUGGGGAGGUGGUGAGAUGGGACGGCAGCCAGCAGUGGUUCGAAGGUCAGCCUGGGGCAUGCUGUGUCCCCGUGGGGGACGUGGGGACCCCACCUCUCGGCCCCUGCCAGGGGUUGGCAGCACCAUGGGGUGGCUCACGGGGAUCAGGGCUGGGGGGGAAGCAGCAGAUGCCUGAUGUGGGCUGGGGAGACAUUGUCUAAACCAGCUUUGGGGACGAUGGAGGAUGUCAGAGGGGGAGCAGGAUGACCAUGGAUGGGACGAUCCUGUGGGUGCCAACCCCUGCGUCACUGUGCCAAGUCCCCGGGUGCCCCUUUCUGCUUCCAGGGUGGCAGCCAGGGCCAAAAAUAGCCCGUGGGGUGGCAUUCCCUGCCUCCCCUUCCCCGCCGCACCCCUGGUGUCUGGAUCGGGGCACCUCCUCCCGCGUUUCCUCAGGAAGAGACCCAAGGCUGGCCGGAGGAAGAGGCCGCGCUGUGGGAGGGACGGGGCGGCAGGGACGGGACAGACGGAUGUCGGCGCGGGGCUGAGGAGCUGCCGGGACUCGUCCUGGUGUCCCGCCGGGAUGGGGAGCACCCGGCCCAUCCUCUGCCUCCAGCUGUGGCUGUGGGUGCAGAGCUCUGCCCAGGAACUUGACCCCGGUGGCAGGAAUGUCUGCAGGUUCCCCACUGGCUCAGCGUGCUGCCCGGGCUGGAAGCAGGAAGGGAGGGAGUGCACGGCUGCGCUGUGCGAGGGGGAGGAGGCCUGCCAAGCAGACGAGGUGUGUGUGAGACCUGGGGUUUGUCUCUGCAAACCUGGCUUCUUCGGAGCAGACUGCAGCUCCCGCUGCCCGGAGCAGUACUGGGGUCCCGACUGCAAGCAGAGCUGCCCCUGCCACCCCAACGGGCGCUGUGACCCAGCGAGUGGGCGCUGCACCUGCAACCCUGACCACUGGGGAGAUCUCUGCCAGUUCCCCUGCCACUGUGCCCCCCACGGCCGCUGCGACCCCCUCACCGGCACCUGCCACUGCGAGCCGGGCUGGUGGGCACCCAGCUGCAAGAAGCAAUGUCAGUGCAACCUCGCCAGCUCCCACUGCGACCCCCUGACCGGCCACUGCCGCUGCCUGCCGGGCUGGUGGGGCAGGAGGUGCAGCUUCAAAUGCUCCUGCAACUUCUCGCCCUGCUCCCAGGAGACGGGCAAGUGCGAAUGCAGAGCCGGGUUUUGGGGGCCGGCCUGUCAGCGGCGCUGCGACUGCGGGCACGGCUCCUGCAGCCCCCUGAGCGGCCACUGCAGCUGCAGCCCCGGCUACCAGGGCAGGAGCUGCCGGGAGCCCUGCCCGGCCGGGAAAUACGGGUCUCAGUGUGUGCACAGCUGUGGGAGCUGCGGGAACAGCCAACCCUGCUCACCCACGGACGGUUCCUGCCUGUCCUGCCAGCCGGGCUGGAACGGGACGCUCUGCACGGAGCCCUGCGAGCCCGGUUUCCACGGCGAGCGCUGCCUCCAGCCCUGUCCCCGCUGCCGGCGGGGGGACGUCUGCGACCCACAGACCGGGUCCUGCCCGCGCUGCGAGCCCGGCUGGACCGGACCAAGCUGCAACAGCUCCUGCCCCGCGGGUACCUUCGGGGACGGAUGCCAGCUCCUCUGCCCCGAGUGCGUGUCGGGGACCUGUGACCCGGUGUCGGGAGAGUGUGUCUGCCAGGAGGGGUACUGGGGAGCCAGCUGCAACGACACCUGCCCCGAGGGGUAUUUUGGAGUGAACUGUUCUUCACCCUGCCGGUGCUCCCGGGGGACCUGCCACCCUGCUCGAGGGGACUGCGUGUUGAGUUUUAAGGACCAUGGGACCCUUGCAGCUGCCAUCCUUGUCCCUCUCCUGCUGCUGCUGCUCUGCAUCGCCUGCUGUUGCUGUGGAGCUGGCCCAGCAGAUGCUAGAGACAGGGCGGCCAUGCCUGACGAUGGUGUCCUGGCCAGGAUGAAGCACCAUGUGCAGGGGGUGCUGGCAAACCUCAGUGCCAUGAUGCCUUGCUUUUCCCUGGGUGGCUACAAACUUCCCAAAGUCACAGUUUCCCACCAUGACACAGAACUCCCCUUCAACCCCAGCUUCAUCGAGCCACCGUCGGCCGCCUGGGUCUCAGACAGCUCCUUCUCCUCCUUCGACACUGACAACGAGGGACCCGAGUACUCUGUCCCUCCCAGAGAAGGCGUCCCUCUGCUGGGGGGUGCUGAGCUGCACGAUGGGGUGUCCCCCCCUGGAGAGGCACUCCCAGACCCAUCUGCCUUCAACUCCGAGGACGUCUCGCUGCCCUUCGACAUCCCCCGCACCUCCAGCAUCGCCAAGGCCAAGCGUCCCUCCGUGUCCUUCGCUGAGGGGACCAAAUUCGGGGCAGUGGAGACCCCCAGCCCCAGUCGGAAGCCCAAGACCCCGUGGGGCCCAUCCAAGCUGUCCCAGCCACCGGGGGACGCAGCAGCCGAGCCCCCCCCUGAACGGCCAGCCAGUGAUUGCUAUGAGAACCUCGAGCCCCUCAGCAAGGGGGAGGAAAGCCACAGGCCAUCCCCCCGGGCCACCCCGGGGGGACACCGGCGGGUGGUCUCUGGCACCAGGAAUGUGGCCCAGAGAGUGGAGGCUCUUGAAGCAGCUGCAAAAUCCGGCAGUUGGGAGGCAAAGAGGAAGGAGCCCAACGUCACCACCAUCUACAUGAUGGUGGGAACAGCUGGGCAGGACCCCAAGGUGGAGGGGGGUGGUGAGGGACCGGUCCAGGCAGUGCUUAAGCGUCUGGGCAGCUUGCAGAAGGGCAGGUGGGCUGCAAAGGAGGAGCCUAAGGUGAGGAGGAGCAUGGAGGGCAUCCAGAAGCCACCCCGCCGGGCCCUGGCGCAGCGCAGAGACUCGGCAAACAGCUGCAAGCAGAGGGAGAGCAUCCCAGGGGCUCCCACUGAGCCUUCCCCUGGCAAGCACCAGCGUCUCUCUGGGAAGAGACUGUCCUCCCUUCUUGCAUCUCUCUCUUCGAAAAGCAUUGGGGCUGAGGAAGGGGCCGGUGAUGUUGUAGAUGCCACAGAGAGGGGCAAAAGCCCUGAGCUGGUCCUCAGCCUGGAGGCAAAGGGACAGGAUGCCUCAGAGGAGGAGCCAAAAUACGAGAACGUGACCAGUGGCAGUGCUGAUUCACUCCCCAGCCCUGCCAAGGAGCCACCGGCCCCCCCUGCAGCCACCUGAGCCACCACUGCCAGGACUGGGCCACUGGGAGACCAGGAGGCUCCUCUGACCCCAGCAUGGGGGGAGCUGAGGUCCUCCUUGGAGCUGUGAACUGGAGAUACAUCAAGCUUUCCCGUGGUACCCCUUUCCUCCAUACAAUUACGGACUGGUUUGGGUUGGAAGGGGCCUUAAAGAUCACCUAGAUCCAACCCCUCUGCAUGGGCAGGGACACCUCCCACCAGCCCAGGUUGCUCCAAGCCCCAUCAACCUGCCCUUGAACACUUCCAGGGAGAGGGCAGUGUUGCCAUGUUGCUGGUGUGAGCCCUCACUGGCUGCUGCAGCUGGAGGGAUGGGUGAUGCCCAGAGCCACCCGCGGUGGCAGCCCCAAGGGGUUGUGGUGCUUCAGUGCUGUUUUCUGCUCCCUCCUACCCUGUUUUGCGUCUGCUGCAGCCAGCAGGGGCAGCGGUGCUCUGGACAUAGUGGUGGCACCUUCUAGUCCCUGUCAGCAUUGGGUCUGGGGACACACAUCCUCCUCCAAAGGGAGCAGGGCUUCUGGGGGCUCUGCUGGGAACAAAUGAAUUUCAUCCCGUUGGCUUUCACCUUCCCUGUCCCAGCUCUGGUUGUACUGCUUGGAGCCUCUUGCUAUAAAGGUGCUUCUUGCUGGAGGGGAUUACUUUGUGGAGCUGGUCUGGGGAGAGGUGACAGGCUGUCACAAGCAGCUUCAGUGAAAAUUAAUUUUAGCUGCUUAUCUGGAAGGGUAUCUGGUUCUGCAGGGGUUUAUCUGUGUGGCUAUGGCUCUCGGGGCAGGCUCUGGCUGCCUUUGUUUCUGUGUAUCCUGUUGGCACAUGAGAGGGCUGGUGGCACAGCCCGGGGUUUAUCGGGGGCUUUUAAACUCCUCGUGCUCCAAGGGCAAUUGUGCAAGAGCAAACGUGGCAGCUGGGCCGUGACCGUCAGCCUGUGCACCCAGCCCUGAUAAGGAUGAAAGCUGCAUGGAAAAUGGCAUUUCCACAGGUGCCCAAAGCUCCUGCCACCUCCGCAGCUCGUCCCUGCUGCAGCAACACCUCACCACGGGGGGCUGAGAUGUGGUGAAGCUGCUGCAGCAUCUCCAGCACAGCUGGAGGACCUUGGGUGGCACGAGGGCUCUGCCACCUCUGCAAGGCAGUUGAGAUGCCCAAGAGGAUUUGCAGCAUGAACUGGUUGUUUUUUUACUUAGAUGUAUCUAAGUGGUAGAAGUUUCUUGUACAUUUUUCUGCUCUUUUCACAUGGUGUGAAAGCCUCUGCAUGAAAACGAAAAUUAAAAUGUUAGCAAAGCCCUUCAGGAGUUGGAAUUAAAGAUAAGACCAGAAAUAUUC